AUGCCUCUCGAUACAUCAACAUACUCACUCGCGCUCCUUCGACUCGAUGGACGGCGUUGGAAUGAAUUGCGCCGUCUCAAUGCGCAAAUCAGCACGCAAGCCGCGGCCGACGGCUCCUCGUACCUCGAGAUGGGCAACACAAAGGUCAUCUGCACCGUGACGGGACCCGCGGAGCUAAAGAGUACGGGAGGAGCACGAGCUGGGGGUGAUAAGGCGGAUGUCAGGGUCGAGAUCAGUAUUGCGGGAUUCAGUGGUGUGGAUAGAAAGAAGAGGGGGAGGAAUGAUAAACGUGUAUCAGAAAUGCAAACGACCAUCUCCAACGCCUUUGCCCAAUCCCUCUUCACCAACCUCUACCCGCACUCCUCCAUCUCCCUCUCCCUGCAUAUCCUGUCCCAAGACGGUUCUCUCCUCGCCGCAUGCCUCAAUGCCUGCACCCUUGCCCUUAUUGAUGCCGGUGUGCCGAUGCGCGAUUAUAUCUGUGCCUGCACCGCGGGUAGCACGUCGAGUUAUAGCAGUAAUGAUGAACAAGCGGAUCCAUUGCUAGAUUUGAAUGGUAUAGAGGAGCAAGAGUUGCCGUUUCUGACAGUUGGAACCCUGGGGAAUAGUGAUAAGGUCAGUGUGUUGGUUAUGGAGACAAGGGUGCAGGUUGGCAGGUUGGAGGGUAUGUUGGCGGUGGGCGUGGAUGGGUGCAAGCAAGUCAGGGAGAUUCUGGAUCAGGUUGUAAGGAAAAGGGGUGUGAAGAUAUUAGAGGGAAGUCAAUUAUGA